AUGUGUCAGCAGGUCAAGGAAAAGCGAUGCAGCGAGAAGCGGAGGUCUUCAUCCCUGUCGGAUUACUCCCCCUCCUCCCCCGCCCCCCCUCUCACCCUGCCCCCCCAGCUCAGCCCUCUCCCCAGCCCUACAGAGACCCAGGACCGCACGCCAACCCCCUCCAACCCCCCGGUGCACACCUCUACCCCUGCCAACCGACCCAUGCCUCCUGAGGCCCGCAGGCUCAUCGUCAACAAGAACGCAGGAGAGACCCUGCUCCAGAGGGCUUCCCGCCUAGGAUACGAGGAUGUAGUGCUGUACUGCCUGGAGAACAGGGUGUGUGACGUCAAUCACCGUGACAACGCGGGCUACUGUGCGCUGCACGAGGCAUGUGCACGUGGCUGGCUUGCUAUCACUCAGCACCUGCUGGAGCACGGUGCCGACGUCAACUGUAGCGCCCAGGAAGGCACCAGGCCCCUCCAUGACGCGGUGGAGAAUGACCAUCUGGAAGUGGUCCGUCUGCUGCUGUCCUACGGAGCUGACCCAACCCUGGCUACGUACUCUGGCCGCAGCCUCCUCCGCAUGACCCACUCCCACGGCAUGGAGGGAUUCCUCUCUGAUUAUUUUUCCGACCUGAAGGGGCGUGAAGACACUGACGAAGGCAUCUACUGGGAGUUUUACGGCAGCGCCGUGUGUGAGUCAGGUGAGGACCCAGCAGCCUAUGACAUCCUGGCUAACCCCCCAGGCCCAGGAGAGGAGGAGGACACGAGGCAGGGCUUUGAGUUUGAGUUCUCUGACCGACCCCUCCUGCCCUGCUACAACAUUCAGCUCUCCCUCUCACAGGGUCCCAGAAACUGGCUGCUCCUAUCAGACGUCCUGAAGAGACUUAGAAUGUCCUCCAGGGCGUUCAGGGCAGCCUUCGCCCAUCUGGAGGUAGCAACCAUCGCCGAGGCAGAGUUCUACAAGCAGGCGUCACUGUCGCAGCUCUUCUCGUGCCCCGACGAGCUCGCCGCCUUCCUCCCCGACAGCAAGGAGCUGCUGGACCUGGUUGAGACCAGCUCAGAGCUGGCUGCGCUGCUGGGCUCCUCGCUAGAGUGUUUGGACAGCCGAUGGGAGCCCAAAGGGGCCCGGGUCAAAGCUAAAGCCCACUCGUGACCCUGAGAUACACACACAGAGGGUGACUCUCAAUAAGAUCUACUUUCUCCUGAAGUGGACACUCCUUCACUAGUUCCCACAAAUCUGGUGCAGUUAUUUGGCUAGUGGUAGUUUUAUAUAAUAAUAAUAUAAUAUAUGCCAUUUAGCAGACGCUUUUAUCCAAAGCGACUUACAGUCAUGUGUGCAUACAUUCUACGUAUGGGUGGUCCCGGGGAUCGAACCCACUACCCUGGCGUUACAAGCGCCAUGCUCUACCAACUGAGCUACAGAAGGACCAUGUCCUUUCCUUUCAAAUCGGUGAAGGGAAGUGAACACUUUGGGAGGAAGGAGAGAGUAUUGGCACGUAGCCAACACACACACAUGCUCCAUGUGUACGUUCCCAUGCCCUGUGAGGACUGGACGUUGAAUACUGGACAGUAUCACUUCAAAGACGAAACAGACCCCAGCGCCACACAAACUGCAUUUUUUAAAUAAAUAUAUUAUAUAUGUGUACAUUAACAGCCGAUUUAAUUUGUUCUAUAUAUAUAUAUAUGUAUGUAUGUAUAUCCAUACUGUAUAUCUGCUGCUUUGGUUGUCAUGUUGUGGUCAGGUUGUGGGUUUUGACACUGUUUGGGUUGACUAGACUAGUGAACAGGUCAGGAGCAAUGUGAGUCGAAUGUGGACCUCUGAGGUAAAGGUUAUUGUUUUACUUUGGAUCAUGGCAGUGCACUUGAUUUGAGCUUUACCGACCCAUUGGACUUUGACAGAUAUAUAUAUAGAGGUGAACUGUGACAAAAACAUUUUAGCACUCAUGGCUCAUCCCAAAGAUUUGGGGAUUUUAUUUUCAACAUUGUCUAAAAACCUAGCUUUAUUUGUAUCUUAUUUAUGACAAUGAGGAAUUAAGAUAGUUGAUGUGUGGGUUUUUUGUCAAAUAUAAAUGUAAGAUACUACAAGACAUUUCAAUUGAAGAGUGUGAUUCAUGCUUGAACUUGUAAAUAAGACCAUUUCAGUAACGGUUUUUCUGACUGGGGUGUUUGAUUUGUUUGUUUGUUUUGGCAAUGUAAGUGUUUAAACUUUGUAAUUAAAUACACUAUUAUUUGUAUUUAUAUUUUACAAAAAAAAUAAUUUAAAUAAAUCGCAAUACAAGUUAA